AUGGGAGACACAGAGAGCAGCAUCGACGAUAGAUUACUGCUGCCGGUAAACAAAGUUGAGAGAGUGACAUGGAGAGAUCUGCGAGACGGAUCGCUCACCGAAGAACUCAAGCGGCUUAUCUGCUUCGCCGCUCCUAUGGCGGCUGUAGUUAUCGCUCAGUUCAUGUUGCAGAUCAUCUCAAUGGUGAUGGUGGGUCACCUUGGAAACCUCUCUCUAGCUAGCGCCGCUCUCGCAUCCUCCUUCUGCAACGUCACUGGCUUCAGCUUCAUCAUAGGAUUGUCAUGUGCCUUAGAUACUCUGUGCGGUCAAGCUUAUGGAGCAAAGCUAUACCGGAAACUAGCUGUUCAGACCUACACAGCUAUGUUCUGUCUUUUAUUAGUGUGUAUCCCUCUCUCUAUCAUAUGGUUCAACAUGGAAAAGCUUCUUCUGCUCCUUGGUCAAGACCGCUCUAUUGCUCACGAAGCCGGCAGAUAUGCUGCCUGCCUCAUCCCUGGGCUGUUCUCUUACGCUUUUCUGCAGCCGCUCACUCGCUACUUCCAAAACCAGAGCUUGAUCAGACCUCUCCUCAUUACCUCUUGCUUUGUGUUCUGUCUCCACGUUCCACUCUGCUGGCUCUUGGUUUACAAGUCAGGGCUUGGCUUUCUUGGAGGAGCGUUGGCUCUCGGUUUGUCAAACUGGCUCUACGCCAUUCUUCUUGGAUCUAUCAUGUACUUCUCCUCCGCCUGUUCUGAGACUCGUGCGCCCCUCUCCAUGGAGAUUUUCAACGGCGUUGGAGAGUUCUUCAAAUACGCUCUUCCAUCUGCUGCUAUGGUUUGCCUCGAGUGGUGGUCAUACGAACUCAUAAUAUUACUCUCUGGUCUCUUACCCAACCCACAACUGGAGACUUCUGUGCUCUCUGUCUGUCUCCAAACUAUUUCGGUAAUAUACUCAACACCACUUGCCAUCGCGGCUGCAGCAAGCACAAGAAUCUCAAAUGAGUUAGGUGCUGGAAACUCUCGUGCAGCAAAUAUCGUGGUGUACGCGGCAAUGUUCCUUGCGUCAAUGGAUGCAUUGAUAAUGAGUAUUGCAAGGGGAUGCGGAUGGCAACAUAUAGGGGCUUACAUCAAUUUGGGAGCUUUCUAUCUCUGGGGGAUACCCAUUGCAGCAACUUUAGCCUUCUGGUUUAAUCUGAAAGGUGUUGGCCUUUGGAUGGGAAUACAAGCCGGUGCUGUUCUUCAAACUCUUUUGCUCGCUCUUUUCACGGGCUGCACAAACUGGGAAAGCCAGUUGAACUCUAGGCAAGUGAAGCGAGGAAGCGAAUGGCUUUGGCCUAAUGGUAAUGUAAGGCGCUGCAGAAGAGGACUUGCCGAGUCAGAACUGUGCAGUUUGCAUUUAAAGAUUUACAUGUUUUACCAUUGUGGUAGUAGCAGUCAGAUUGCUGUAAGUUGCGUUUUGACUCGUGGCAACCGUUAA